AUUAAGAAUACAAAUAAGAGGAAGAGACACCAUGAGACACUAGAGAUAUCAGAGACAUCAAAGACAACAGAGCAUCCCAACACACUGACAUCAGGAUCUUCAUCUUCAGUUCAGCUGAACUCUCACCAUGAAGCUGGUUUCAUUCGUCCUCGUCCUGCUGGCUCCACUGUUGAGCAGCUGCCAUAAGCUCUUUCUGCCGUUUGACUGCAGUGACAUUUACCGCAAUUACAACAGCCAACCCAGUGGAGUGUACACCAUCUAUCCCAUCAGAGCCACAUCUGCUGUCCAGGUGUACUGUGACAUGAAUUCAGAAGGAGGACGGUGGACGGUGAUGCAGAGGAGGAUGGAUGGCACGGUGAACUUCUACAGGGGCUGGGAUCAAUACAAGACCGACUUUGGGGACCCUGCUGGAGAGUACUGGCUCGGUCUCGAGUCUGUCUUCCACCUGACUCAGAGGAAAAGGUACGAGCUGCUGGUUGACAUGGAGGACUUUGAAGGAAACAAAACGUUUGCUCGUUACUCCUCAUUCUUCAUCGAUCCAGAAAUAUACGGAUACAAACUGCAUGUUUCUGGAUUCAUUGAUGGAGGAGCAGGAGACGCCUUGACUUUUCACAACGGAAUGAAGUUCACCACCUUCGACAAAGACCAGGACUCUGAUGCUAGGAACUGUGCCAGACAAUACCUGGGGGCGUUCUGGUACAAAGACUGUCACCAUGCAAAUCCAAACGGUGUUUAUCGUUGGGGGGCUGACAGCUCUCUCUCUGCUGUUGGAGUGGAGUGGUUACAAUGGAAAGGUCAUAACUAUUCCCUGAAGACCAUCAGCAUGAUGAUCCGUCCUGUGCAGUAGUUCUCCAGGACCAACGUCCAGCAGAAUAUCAGCUCAUCUCUUCUCAUUUCUUUCUCUUUCUCUCAUUAAGCAUUUAAUCUCACAACAGGUCUUAUUUUCCUGAAACUGGGCAGCAGCACUAAGAAAACCAACUGAUGUUUGUAAAUCUUGUUACCGUCUGUUUUGUUUUAAAGCAGUCGCAGGUCGCUGCAAUGUGGAAGACAAGUCCGAUGUGUCUCCAGUUGGGCGGCUGCAGCAGGAAAGUAGGGCCCAUAAUCUUUAAAUGGAAAAACAUAUAUAGUCUGAUUGGUAGUGUUAAUCACGGCAUGAACUGAUAACACAAGUCUAAAAGAGAGAAAGAAGUAAAGAAAAUGAAAAUGAAAAGUAUAAAAAGAUCUUUGCAGUUCAGGACAUCCAGUUGACGUUUGGUGGAGGU